CGCCGGGGGGCGGGGCCUGUGCGGGGGCGGGGCCUGUGCGGGCGCUGUGGGCCGAGCGGGCUGCGGCGAUGCGGGGGACGAGCUGCGUGGGCGGCGGCGGCGAGAGCCCGGGCGGCGCGGGGCUGAGCGAAGGCCCGCGCGGCCGGUGGCUGCGCCUGGCUCCCGUCUGCGCCUACUUCCUCUGCGUGUCGCUGGCCGCGGUGCUGCUCGCCGUCUACUACGGUCUCAUCUGGGCUCCCGCGCGGCCCCCCGCGGCCGCCGCCGGCCCGCCGCCGAGCGCGCCGUCCCCUCCGUGCGCCGCCCCCCCGGGCGCGCCGCCCGCCCCGGCGCCCGCCGCCGCCGCCGCCCCCUGCCGCCUGGGAGCCGCCGGCGGGCCGCGACCCCAGCUCGAGCUGCCGCGCAGCCGCCGCCGCCGCCGCCGCCGCCAGAUGCCCGGAGAGACCCCGGAGGCCGCGGGGGGGCGAGGACCAGGGUAACCCCCCUCCCGACCCUACGCCGCACCGCAGGCCCUCGAGAUCCACCGAGGAUGGAUCGCCCCGCCGAGGAUGCCCGUUCCCGUCCGGCCGGGAUUCCGUCUUCACUGGAAUAGCCUAGAGCUUGUGGAGCUGUCAUCCUGAAGAACGGGGGUGCAGGGGAGCUGGCUCGGGGCGCCCACCCUCUGGCAGGCCACCGCCCGUCCCUCCCUCCAGAGGAUCCUGAGCGCAGAGCCCACGGCCCCCUCCUCUCUGGCUCUCCGUGUCCCUCCGUCCACGUCCACCUGCAAUAAACUCCAGACCC